AUGCUGCCAGUGUGCAGACGACUCGGGCUCCGACGGCUCCCUGCCGUUCGUUGGCAGAGCACAGCCUCGUCAUCAUUUGUAUCUCCAUCGCCAGCUUCCACUGCGACCGUACAUGGGUCUCCCCCACACGCCACCCCCCGCCUCACUGCCCUCAAAUCCGCGAAGCCCUUCUCCCAGUUCCUGACCGACUCCUUCAAUCGCCAACAUGACUAUCUGCGCAUCAGCGUCACCGAGCGGUGUAACCUGCGUUGUCUUUACUGCAUGCCAGAGGAAGGCAUCGAGCUCUCGCCACAGCCACGCCUGUUGACGUCCCCGGAAAUCUUAUACCUGUCCUCCCUCUUCGUCUCGCAAGGCGUCACGAAGAUCCGCCUGACAGGUGGCGAGCCUACGGUGCGAAAGGAUAUCGUCCCGCUUAUGCAGGACAUUGGCAAGCUGCGGCGUGAUGGCCUCCGCGAGCUCUGCCUCACAACCAACGGCAUCUCCUUGCAUCGCAAGUUAGAUCCCAUGGUGGAGGCGGGACUGACUGGGGUCAACCUCAGUUUGGACACGUUGGAUCCAUUCCAGUAUCAAAUUAUGACCAGGCGGAAGGGCUUUGACGCGGUGAUGAAGAGCAUCAAUAGGAUUCUGGAAAUGAACAAGGUCGGUGCGGGAAUAAAGUUGAAAAUCAACUGCGUCGUUAUGCGGGGUAUGAAUGACCGUGAGAUCAUCCCUUUUGUCGAGUUGGGCCGCGAGAUGCCCGUCGAGGUGCGCUUCAUCGAAUAUAUGCCCUUUGACGGCAACAAGUGGAACCAGGGCAAGAUGCUCCCUUAUCAGGAGAUGCUGGCGGUUAUCCGGGAAAAAUAUCCCUCCCUUGAAAAGGUUACCGACCACAAGAACGAUACCAGCAAGACUUAUAAAGUCCCCGGGUUCCAAGGCCAGAUGGGAUUCAUCACCAGUAUGACGCAUAAUUUUUGCGGAACUUGCAAUCGACUACGUAUUACUAGCGAUGGGAACCUCAAAGUGUGUCUCUUUGGUAAUGCCGAGGUUUCUUUGCGGGAUAUAAUUCGCCGAGGGAACGACGGACAGCCCAUUGAUGAAGACGCACUGAAAGAACUGCGACUACUGGAGAGCGUGCAGUCUGCAGCUCGCCUCAGCGACGAAGGUGGCCUCGUCAAUGAGCGGGAGCGUGAAAUUCUCGACGUCAUUGGCGCAGCCGUCAAACGUAAGAAGGCGAAGCAUGCUGGGAUGGGGAAAUUGGAGAACAUGAAGAACCGGCCUAUGAUUCUUAUCGAUAGUAGACCGGCUUCUCCAAAUUAUAAACCGGGCGUGCCUGCACCUUCUUCCUGGUCGAGGGUCCCUUCGCAUCUCUUUGCCAUCCCUGGCCCCCUACAGGCCCGUUUAUACCACAAUGGCACUGGGCGUCCUUCAAACAAUAUUUCCACUGCCACUACCACCACCCCAAUCGCCGAUAAUAAAAAAUCGCAUUCCCUCCCUACAGUCUCAGACCCCGACCUUCCCCACCUCACACCUUCACAAACCGUACACAUGACACAGAUCACGAAGAAACCCGAAACUGCACGCAAAGCCACGGCCGCCUGCGAAGUAUCAUUCUCAAAUCCACGACCAUGGGAACUACUCCGCAAAGGCCAAGGUACGCACAAAGGUGACGUAUACAGCGUUGCCCGGAUCGCAGGAAUUAUGGCAGCCAAACGCACUCCAGAUAUUGUCCCCCUGUGCCACCCGGGCAUUGGUAUUACAGGCGUCGAGGUGACAGUCGAUCUGGUCGAGCCUGGUACCGAGCCUCAGGAUCAUGGCUCUAUGCAGAUAGUUUCGACUGUCAGUUGUUUUGGUCGAACUGGAGUCGAAAUGGAGGCCAUGACAGCGGCGACUGGGGCUGCAUUGACAGUAUAUGAUAUGCUCAAAGCUGUUGACAAAGGGAUGAUCAUUGGAGGCGUGCGAUUGCUAGAAAAACAAGGUGGAAAGAGUGGGCAUUGGGUGCGAGAGGAAGAAUUAUAA